CUGCUCACAUCAUUUAGUUGUGACAGGCGCUUUUAGUGAAUCUGGCGACAACGUUGCUACACGCUUGUGCCAAGUUUGCGCACAUUACGCACCUUAAAAUAGCUUUUGUGCCGCUACUGGAAACAUUAGGCAUGCAUGUUACAUGUAACUUCUGCAUUGCUCGGAAUAUUUUGUUGGUACUCACGUCCGCGUAACUCUCAGGUAGACUAAAAGCGAAAACGUGCCGCUGCUGCUCGGCUUGCACUCAGACAAACUAAUUGCUUUUGUACGACUCCGUAAAUCUAUGCCGUGUGUAAUGUCCUCGUCGUGUGGGUGUGCAGGAAGAUAGGAGAGGGGAUAAGUGUUGGCUGAAUGCUGCAUGUUGUCCGUCUGCUUUUUUCCCCCCCUCAUCCGACAACUUCAGCCGCGCCACCGAGCUGCAGCAGCAUCUCCGUCCGUAUCCUCCUGGCUGUUUUGUUUUGACUGCGCCCUUCACACCUCAGCCUCCAUUAAGAUCAUCUGGCGCUCGGGUUGAGAAUGAAUAAGAGUGGCACGCUGUGGGAACUACUGCGUUUUUGUUUGCUGCUUUACGACCACAGCGCAAAGUUGAAAGCGGCUGCAUCCGCGGCAGUGGCGGCGGCGGCGGUGGUGCUGCUGCUGCUGGUGGAUGUAGGUUGUCGCCGCCUGACAUGGCACCGGUUCUACCCUGCUGGACGGACGCGCGUUCUAUUCAAUAACUUAUUCAAGAAAUCGUUUAUUCCUAUUGUGACAGUGGCGUUCACAGUCAGGAAGUCAUGUCCAGAUCGGGUGAUAGAACAUCCACCUUUGACCCAACACACAGUGACACCCUGCUGCACGGGCUCAAUCUCUUAUGGAGGAAACAGCUUUUCUGUGAUGUGACUCUCACUGCCCAGGGACAGCAGUUCCACUGCCACAAAGCUGUGCUGGCGUCCUGCUCCCAGUAUUUCAGAUCCCUCUUCUCCUCCCAUAAUGUGAUCAACAAUGAGGGGAGCAAAGGGGACCAGGGCAGCAGUGGGACCCCAUCAUCUUCUCCUGAUGACAAGCUGGUGACUCCCAGUGCCAGGCCCAUCAACAACCUGGUACUCCAAGGCUGCUCCUCCAUUGGACUGCGAUUAGUGCUGGAGUACCUCUACACUGCCAACGUGACUCUUUCCCUGGACACAGUGGAAGAGGUGCUGUCAGUCAGCAAGAUCCUCAACGUGCCCCAGAUUACUAAGCUCAGCGUGCAGUUCCUCAACGACCAGAUCUCCGUGCAGAACUAUAAGCAGAUCUGCAAGAUUGCAGCGCUCCAUGGACUCGAUGAGACCAAGAAGCUGGCCAACAAGUACCUGGUGGAGGAUGUGCUUCUGCUGAACUUUGAGGAGAUGUGUGCCAUGCUAGAUGCUCUGCCACCCCCGGUGGAGUCAGAGCUGGCUCUCUUCCAGAUGUCAGUCCUCUGGCUGGAGCAUGACCGGGAGACUCGCAUGCACUAUGCACCAGACCUUAUGAAGAGGCUGCGUUUCGCCCUCAUACCUGCCCCGGAGCUGGUGGAGAGGGUGCAGUCUGUUGACUUCAUGAGGAGUGACCCUGUGUGCCAGAAACUACUCCUGGAUGCCAUGAACUACCACCUGAUGCCCUUCAGGCAGCACUGCAGGCAGACUAUGGCCAGCAGAAUCCGUUCCAGUAAGAGAAUGCUGUUACUGGUGGGUGGUUUGCCUCCUGGACCCGAUCGUCUCCCCAGCAAUUUGGUCCAGUACUAUGACGACGAGAAAAAGACAUGGAAGAUCCUCACAAUAAUGCCUUACAACAGCGCUCAUCACUGCGUGGUGGAGGUGGAGAACUUCCUGAUGCUGCUGGGUGGAGAAGACCAGUGGAACCCCAAUGGAAAGCACAGCACUCAUUUUGUCAGCCGCUAUGACCCCAGAUUUAACAGUUGGAUACAGUUGCCCCCCAUGCAAGAGAGGAGAGCCAGUUUCUUCGCCUGCCGCCUGGAGAAGCACCUGUACGUGAUUGGCGGUCGGAACGAGACGGGCUACCUCUCCAGCGUGGAGUCCUACAACCUGGAGACUAACGAGUGGAACUAUGUGUCGUCUCUGCCUCAGCCGCUGGCUGCCCACGCAGGAGCUGUACAUAAUGGCAAGAUCUACAUAUCAGGAGGAGUUCACAAUGGAGAGUAUGUGUCCUGGCUCUACUGUUACGACCCCAUAAUGGAUGUGUGGGCUCGGAAACAGGAUAUGAACACAAAGCGCGCCAUUCAUGCCCUGGCAGGAAUGAAUGACCGCCUAUAUGCUAUUGGUGGAAACCAUUUGAAAGGUUUCUCUCAUCUAGACGUGAUGUUGGUAGAGUGUUAUGACCCCAAAGCUGACCAGUGGAACAUCCUGCAGACACCCAUCCUGGAGGGUCGCAGUGGGCCGGGCUGUGCAGUUCUAGAUGACAGCAUCUUCCUCGUGGGAGGUUACAGCUGGAGCAUGGGAGCCUAUAAGUCUUCUACCAUCUGCUACAGCCCAGAGAAAGGAACAUGGACAGAGUUGGAGGGAGAGGUGGCGGAGCCUUUAGCGGGCCCAGCCUGUUCCACCGUCAUUCUGCCCGCCUGCCUUCCUUUUAACAAAUGACAACUAAUCCAACCAACGGGCGGUGAGGGCAAGAAGCUGCCGAGAGACUGGGGGGAGGACCAUCAAUAAGCAAAACAGUUGUCAACCAUUUUGUGACAAACCCUCCGGUGAGAUGACAAGGGAGUGUAUAAAUUAUUUUUUUACAGGUUUGACCAAGAGCACUUUCGUUAUUCCCUACUGAAGGUUUGGAAGGAAAAAAAAAAAACAAAAGAACAGAAAAGAAAAUUGUGUAACUCAUGUAUUUAAACUCAUCGGUGUUAUGAGAAAUGGUCAAUUUCAUAUUUGAGUUUUCUUUAAAAACUGAUAGUGAGUGUUUUUUGCCUUCUCUUCUAUAGCACGCAUAGUGUUGAACUGAAUUAUAGCUUUCAAAUCCAUUGUAUCUUGUAUUCAGUAGACGAAUAUUUCCAGCAGAAUGCUGCGUUGAUUCAUGGACUGACACUGGGAGGAGAGAAGCGU